CGGCCGAAAAACUAAUACACUCGCUCUCCUAGGAAAAUUUAAAUUACAAAUGUGACUUACAGUAUAAUGUUGUUGAUCUGCUCUGGGCUGAAGUGUUCAAGUCAGGCUGGCUUGGAAUUUCCUUUGCAAGAGUUCUUUUCCUGACGGCCCCUGGCAGUGAUGAUUAAGAAAUCAGCAUGCCAAAAGGUGAAGAAUUGGUACAAAAUCAAAUGUCUAGGGCUGUACCAACUUACCAUGGAUAUCAUAAUGAUGAUCCGAGUGUGUAAAAUGUUCCGCCAAGGACUCAAGGGAUUCCGAGAAUAUCAAAUCAUUGAGGUCCCUCACAGAAAGCAUCCUCUCUUCUCCUUUUGGGAUAAAAAGAAGCAAGGCCGAAUUAUAUUUGAUACUGAGGACUUUGUUGCUGAGGAGGGUCACUUCCCUUCAAGGGCCAUUCAGAUCACGCAGAAGAAGCCUUCCUGGAGGACAGAACAGGAGAUCCAGGCUCUCUGCAAUGUCCUACAGGUUGUGGAUAGCUACCGGAACUACACAGAGUCCCUACAACUGCUCUUGGCCAAGGUCAUGCGCUUUGAAAGGUUUGGCCGUAGGCGUGUGAUUCUCAAGAAGGGACAGAGGGGUAGCAGCUUUUAUUUCAUCUAUGUGGGUACAGUUGCAGUGACUGAGGAUGAAGAUGGCAGCAGUGCCUUUCUAGACCCCCGUCCAACAUUGCUGCACAGGGGCAGCUGUUUCGGGGAAAUGGGCCUUCUGAAUACAGGAACAAGGAGGGCCACUGUGGUCUGCUUUGAGGACACAGAGUUCCUGGUUGUUGACAGGGAGGAUUUCCUGGCUAAUAAGCUGGAUGAAGAAGUUCAAAAGGAUGCUGAGAGUCGGUUUAAAUUUUUUAGAAAGCUGGAUCUUUUUCAAUCGUGGUCUGAUGAGAAGCUCUGGCAGCUAGUAACCUUGGGGAAGAUAGAGAAGUACUCAUAUGGGCAGCUGAUCGAAAAAGACUUUGUUGAGUCCUCCUUCGUCAUGUUGAUCUGCAAGGGCAGCUGUGAAGUCCUGCGGCUGAUAGACCUUCAGACCUCCCCUUACUAUUACAAGUGGAUCUGGCAGCAUCUGGAGCUGAUAGAUGACAGACCUCUAGGGACUCAUCUCAAUGAAACGAAUCCUGUAAUGAGAUUUAGGGAAUUCCAGAUCAAAUCAUAUCCUCUACAGGACUUUAGCUGUUUGAAACUUCUGCAUCUCCAGGAAUCCUGGAAGCAACAGGAGACAAGCUUCAAUAAGACAAUCAAAACCUCAGGAGAUAGUCUCCCCAAGUUGCUGGGCCCGAAGAUCAAAUCCAAGCAUGCUCAGUCGAUCCAGUGUCCCAUGGUUAAUACUCAGUUUGGUGAGCUCCCUAAGGAGGCUGUGGUGGGGGCCUACAUGAAGAUCCACACUGUGGAAGAAGGAGAAAUUGUGGGCUUUCACCAGGCCUUCCUUCCAGAGAGCCGUCGUGACAUGCGGCCCUUGAUUCUCGUGAGCCUGGGAACUGAGUUGAUUCGAUUAAGGAAAGAAAAAUUUUAUGAAAUGAUUGAUGAAGAGACAAGAGAGAAGUUGUUGAGGUCUGACAUUGAGUACCCCAGGUGGACAUGGGGAGGAACUGCUCAUCACUCUUCUGGAAGCCUCCUUCCAACUAAACCAGUCCCUUUCCUGCCCUUUUGUCUGAUUAUAGUGACAUAACAGAGCCAUGAUGGUUGUUUCUCAGGGAUUCUAGACUUGGGCUAUGCUCCCCAGACCAGCUAUGUGGCGUUAGGCAAGUGGCCUCUCUGCCUCAAUUUUCUCAUCUGUAAUAUGGGAAUAAUAAAAGCUCUGUUAGUCCAUGUAAAGCACUGAAUUCAGAGUUGACCUCAUAAAGCAGAGGCCUGGAGUGGGAGGAUCAGGAGCAUAAAGGGACAAAAAGGAUACAGAUAAUAGGUCUGUGAAAACUGUCCAGGGAUGAAGUUGAAGCAUCCUGGGUGUUCUGGCAUUUCUCAGUUUAAAAGAUGACAGCUGCGGAGCACUUGCACAUAUUAAAGGCUCUCAUCAGUGAAUCA